CCAUAACUCCAUAACUCCAUUCCCAUAUUGUUGGUGUCCUAUUCCACACUAUAACCUUUGGCCUUUAGGUACCAGGUUACCAGAAGGUUGCCAGAACUCAUCUGACCUUCAUUCCUGGGUGAGACACAUUUCCAUCAAUUAAGCCCACAGCUCCAUGAUUAAACAUCAUAUCCCGCAAACGCCAAACCCAUAUCAUAUCCUUUGCCUGAAUUGUCACUCUCUUCGCAUGAAUAGCAAUGAGGUUUGUCACUAUAACUUGAAGAAGAAUAUUGCAGAAGAAGAGUAUAGAAAAGAGAUAGAGGUUGAAAGGUAUAUGUUUUAUAUGAAGGUGCGCGUUGUGGUGUUGCUUUUGGAACAGUAAUUCUUUAACGACCUUCCUUGGUUACUCUCCGAUCUACACAUUCUUCUUCCCUUUUGCGCCUUCACCUCUUCACUAGGACUUCAAUAUGGCGAAACGCAAGGCACCUGAAGAACUCUCCACUAAUGUGAAUACUAUCAAAACUCGCAACUGCAUCUCCAACCUUACUGAAGAUGAGAAAGCUGUUCACUUAGCACUCAAGGCUGACCAUGCUGAUCUGAGCUACUACUUAAAGAAGUUAUAUAAGUCUGCAAAGUAUAUCGCUGCCUCUACUGAAGACAAGACAGGUCUACAGAAUGAAUUGAAGGUUGAGCGUAUUCGUGUUUGGACUGAGAAGGGUACCCAUGCAUCUUGCAUUGCGAAUCAGAAAGUCAAGAAUAUUAGCGCCUCUUUUUCUUCUCCACAAGCACCACCAUCUACUCCGCCACAACUUCUGUCUGAGCUUGCUGCAUUUGAGGGUAUCUCAAGUAUCCCAAUCAAUGACGAUCAUAACAGCGAAUGGGAGGAUACUGAGGUUGAAGACGAUUUGGAGUUGGAGCUUAUGUUACGGCGCGACGAUAUUUUAAAUCACGAGGCUGUACUACCAGAUGAGCUUUCCGAUGAAGAGAUCGCUAGCAUCCAGGCUCUCUUAACUCAAGCGCGCAUUGAUGCCCAUGAAGAGUCCAAUUUCCGCAAGUGGCAACAUUUCUGGGAUAGAUUUAUCUGCUCAUAUACGAGAAAGACUGGAAAGCUGAGAAAAAAGCCUGAGCGUCUCUUUGAGUAUAUGCUGUGGAUUGAUGUAGAGGAAGGCACUUUUCAUGAGGUUAUCCCACCACAUAAAUAUUUCUGUUUGUACGAGCAGGCAGUUUGGACAAACUUUACAGCUUGGAAGUUUGGAAAGUGGGCCCAAUUACCAGGACCUGCGCAGUGGUACCCAAAGUCUUACAAUCUUGUCGACAAUGGAUGGUUGCAAGUCUCCACCCAUAGUUCUAGCUUCAAAGAGGCAUUCUUACUUGUCUACUCUAAGAAGUUUGAUAAGAAAAAGUGGGCUAAGGUAUCAGCUGCGCAGGAUAUGUUGUUCCUGGAGCUAGAGUAGAGGAGAACUUGAGUUUGCUAAAGUUAUAGCGCCGGAGUACCUGGUUUUCCAACGCAAAUAGGGGCUAUAGAGAAAUUUAAGUACUUCAUUGUAGCCAGAC